GCGUGUCUCCGGGGCAGAGUUUUGUCUCCCGGCGCUUCGAUUGGCCCGGCCGCGCGGGGGAUUCUGGGUUCGGCGUUCCUGUUGUCUACGCGCGCGUUUCGCCAUGUUGGGCUCCCCGGUGAAGCGGCAGAGAAUGGAAUCAGCGCUGGACCAGCUCAAGCAGUUCACCAUAGUUGUGGCCGACACGGGCGACUUCCACGCCAUCGAUGAGUACAAACCCCAGGAUGCCACCACCAACCCAUCUCUGAUCCUGGCUGCAGCCCAGAUGCCAGCCUACCAAGGGCUGGUGGAAGAGGCGAUCACUUAUGGGAAGAAGCUAGGCGGGUCACAAGAGGACCAGAUUAAAAAUGCUAUUGAUAAACUUUUUGUGUUGUUUGGAGCAGAAAUACUGAAGAAGAUUCCAGGCCGUGUAUCCACAGAAGUAGAUGCAAGGCUGUCCUUUGAUAAGGAUGCCAUGGUGGCCCGAGCCAGGCGCCUCAUUGAGCUCUACAAGGAGGCAGGAAUUGGCAAGGACAGAAUUCUCAUCAAGCUGUCAUCCACCUGGGAGGGAAUCCAGGCUGGAAGGGAACUGGAGGAACAGUAUGGCAUCCACUGCAACAUGACGCUGCUCUUCUCCUUCGCCCAGGCCGUGGCCUGUGCUGAGGCGGGUGUGACACUCAUCUCUCCCUUCGUGGGGCGCAUCCUGGACUGGCACGUGGCAAACACAGACAAGAAAUCAUACGAGCCUUUGGAGGAUCCUGGGGUCAAGAGUGUCACCAAAAUCUACAACUACUACAAGAAGUUUGGUUACAAGACCAUUGUCAUGGGCGCCUCCUUCCGCAACACAGGCGAGAUCAAGGCUUUGGCAGGUUGUGACUUCCUCACCAUAUCGCCUAAACUCCUGGGUGAGCUGCUUAAGGACAGCAGCAAGCUGACACCUGUGCUCUCAGCAAAGGCAGCCCAGGCUAGUGACUUGGAGAAGAUACACCUGGACGAGAAGUCUUUCCGCUGGCUGCACAAUGAGGACCAGAUGGCUGUAGAGAAAUUGUCUGAGGGGAUCCGCAAGUUUGCUGCUGAUGCCGUGAAGCUGGAGCGGAUGCUGACAGAAAAAAUGUUCAGUGCAGAGAAUGGGAAGUAGUGUGCAUCAGAGCCUGUGGACCCCAGAUCUGCCAUCCUGCCUGUGACUAGAGUCCUGCUGUGCAAGGCUUUGUGGACUCUUUAGUUUUUUUGACCAAUUGUACAGGGAUGAAUCAUCAGUUUCUGAUUUUAUGUAAAACUGCCUAAUGCAUUAAAGCAGUUGCUUUUCC